CUCACCCCAACUCUUCUCCACACCUCAAUUCCACCACAGCGUCAUUAGUUUCCCAGAACAAAAAAAAAUGACACAGACGCCAGCAGAAAUGCCUAAUGGCAAGCACAUACCAGCCAAGGGCAAGUUCAUAGCGCUUCUGCGGCGCGCGCAAACCGUGUUUCUGUUCUCCGACCCAAUCUUUGUGCCCGAUGGCAAGCCGCUGCCUGAUCUGCCCGAGGGGCUUCAGUACAUUAACAUCCAUCCGUCGUCGAUCGAGCCGAAACCACAAACGCUCAAGGACUAUUUACCGAAAGCGCACGCGCCAGGCAGUCGCCAGGACACGGCUGCUCCGGUGACAUUGCCCACGGAAGACGUAUCGAGCAUGUUCAAUAGCUUCCUGCCAACACGCGACUCGUCCACCAUGACUCUGCGCGACCGCGAUGUCCCAGUAGUGCAGCAUCUGAAGGCGAGGCAGGAAGAUGCAGGGGUCAGCGCCGACGAGGCAUUGGCGAUUGCACACAGGGUUCUGGGCGAUAAUGCAGAUUCCGUGGAGCCGCCAUCGCCGGCAGUUUUGCGGGAGUUGGGCCUGGCGGUGCCGGAAGAGCUGAUGACGGGACCGGAGACCGCGCAGACGAUUUUGGCAGAGAACCGAGAAAUGCUAAUACGGCUGGCAGAGUUCCAGGAGCAGCGCGCGGAUAGCGGGGACAUGGCCACGAUCAGCAAGGAGGAGCAGCAAGUGGCGGAUAGGCUGCAGCGGAAUUUGGCGCGCGUUAUUGGCGCCCAGAGGCCGAAAGACGUGCGGCCGCCAGGUACUGAGAUUGCGCGUGCGGUGAGUGAGCUGUUGGCGUACGACGAGCUGUAUUCGGGCACGCUGCCGCCGCAGCGGCGGUUCGCAUUCGUCUCCAAUGCAGCCACGUAUGCUGGGUACCCGCCCGCGGCCACCACGGUGCCGAUGGAGCGCGCGUCGCGGAAGAAGCAAGCAGCUUAAUUUUUUGUUGAAGAAAAGUGAAGCAUUUAAGAAAAAAAGUUAGGCAAA